GAACAGCCAAUCACAUUUGAAAGCGAACAAGCGAGUAGUCUCACGCUAGACUAUUCUUGGAAGCAGAACGUCAACGUAGGGUUUGAAGAGUGAGAGGGCGUGACUUUGUCUAAUCGAUUAGACAUCUAUAAAAGCACGAAAAGCAUCUGUAAUGUUAAAAACCAUCACCAAAAUUCAGGAUCUCCCUUCAAAAACAGUCACUUUCGAAACUACUACCCAAAACAGCCAUCCUCAAACCAAAAUGUCCAAAAUCCUCGCAGUAUUUGGAGCCACUGGCCAACAAGGAAGCUCCGUUAUUAAAAACGUAUUAACCGACCCAUCCCUAUCCCAAGCAUACACCAUCCGCGCCAUAACCCGUGACACGGCCUCCCCCGCAUCUCAAAGACUCAGCGAGAAAGUCUCCAUCGUCCACGGCGACGCCACCGAUCGCAAUUCACUCCUUACAGCACUAACAAGCGUCCAUACCGUAUUCAUCAUGACGACUCCAGAUUUCAGUUCCAACGCGGUAGAAGUUGAAUAUCGCAAUGGCAAAACCAUCGUCGACGCAGCCAUCGAGAUGGGAGUACAAUACAUAAUAUUCAGCACCCUCCCCCACGUAUCCGCAAUCUCUAACGGCAGAUACACCAAAGUCACUGCCUUUGACGCAAAAGCCAAAAUCGAGCAAUAUAUCCGUGAACUUCCGAUUAAAAGUUCCUUCAUCUCGCUUGGUUCCUUUAUGGAGAAUUUUCAAGCGCAAGCCUUUCUAGCUCCGCAGCCAGCUAAUGAUGGAACGUGGGUGAUAUCUCGACAUACAAGCGCGAAAAUGCCAUUUCCUCUACUCGAUGCAGUGGGCGAUGCGGGAAAGUUCGUGAGUGCCAUUCUCGCUGAGCCAGAGAAGUACGAAGGGAAGAUUUUCUGUGCCGCGGCGAAAAUUUACACCAUGGAGGAAAUUGUUGCUGCGUUGUCGAAAUCGAGUGGGAAAACUAUCGUGUACAAACAAAUCAGUGAGGGUGAAUUCAAGGGAAGUAUGGCUUUUGCUGCGGAGAUGUUUACCGAGUAUUUUAGCUUCUGUGAGGAAUUUGGAUAUUGGGGUCCGGGAUCUGAGGAGAAGGUUGUGUGGGCUGGAGAGAAUGCGCGGGGGAGAUUGUCAACGCUAGAGGAGUUUUUGGAAGCGCAUUCUUUUCAACUGGAUUGACUUGAAUAUUGAUAGAUAAGGAGUCGGUGGUACACCAGCACUACCAAGUAAUCAUUCAGAGGAUUAAGAAUAGUAGUAAGAUUGAUAAAAUAUGAUGAAUUUUCCUGGAUAUAUAUUUAAUCA